AUGUUGUGUGCGGGCGGCAAAUCAGGGGAAUAUGCGUGCAAAGGAAACUCUGGCGGACCGUUAACGGUGGAAUCGAACGGGUCUGUCAAGUUGGUGGGUGUGAUCAGCUGGGGCAUCAAAUGUGCCCAGAACAUGCCUGGCAUAUACAGCCGCAUCUCGAUCCCCCGCGACUACCACCAAGCAGACUGCCGGCCCAGUCUCCCCGUUCAAAGUGCCUCACGUGGUCCCCUAAUAACUUCUUCCAAGGGCCCCACUGUCGGCCCAACGACUACCUUGCCGUCCAAGUUUAGUGGCUGCUCUACGUGCUUCCCCUCUGCGUACUCCAAGUCGACGUGUGACUCGUACGCAAGCUUGGGAGCGUUCUGGUAUGGCAACUAG